AUGUUCCUAAAAAGGAUUAAACAAAAAGUCCAAUUUAUCAGAAAGUUCAAAACAUUAAAAAGUGAAAUAGCUAGCGUAAAAAUUGAAAUAAAAAAAAAGGAAAAUAAUAUAUGCACAGUUCAGAAUAUUUUUUGCGAAAAAAAAAAAAAAAAAAUUCAUACCAUCAUUGAGAAAAUAGGACACGAAUAUCCAAGAAAUACACACAAAAUUAACUCACCAAAAGAAAAAAAAAAUAGCGAAAUGGCAACUAAAACUACAUUUGACUAUGUCCCGGAUAAUCCAAAUAUUGUUGAAGAAGAAGAAAAAAUUUUAAAAUAUUGGAAAAAUAUAAAUGCAUUUGAAUUAUCCAACAAAUUGUCAAAAAACAGAAAACCAUAUAUUUUUUAUGAUGGACCACCAUUUGCUACUGGAUUACCACAUUAUGGUCAUUUAUUAGCAGGAAUAAUAAAAGAUUGUGUAACCCGAUAUUUUUAUCAAUCUGGAUAUUCAGUGGAAAGAAGAUUUGGAUGGGAUUGUCAUGGAUUACCUGUUGAAUAUGAAAUAGAAAAAGAAAAUAACAUUAACAAAAAAGAAGAUAUCUUAAAAAUGGGAAUAGAUGUAUAUAAUGAAAAAUGUAGAAGUAUAGUUUUAAAAUAUUCUAAUGAAUGGGUAAAUACAGUUGAAAGAAUUGGAAGAUGGAUAGAUUAUAAAAAUGAUUAUAAAACUAUGGAUAAAGAUUUUAUGGAAAGUGUUUGGUGGAUAUUUAGUCAAUUAUAUAAAAAAAAUUAUAUUUAUAAAUCAUUUAAAGUUAUGCCAUAUUCAUGUAAAUGUAAUACACCUAUAUCAAAUUUUGAAUUAAAUUUAAAUUAUAAAGAUGUUUCUGAUCCAAGUAUUAUUGUAGGAUUUAUUCUUUUAGAAAAUUUUCCAACUUUCCCAGAAUGUCUUGAAAUUCAAAAAGAGAUAGAUGCAUCUGAUUCUCCAACUAAGAUAUUGAAUGAAAAACCUCAAGAUGGAAAAAAAGAAGAAAUUGAUUUUUUUAAAAAAUAUGAAAAAUUAUAUGAACCAUAUUUUUCUCGUGUUAAAUCUAAUGAAUUGAAAACAUCUAAUUUUGAUGAAAAUAAAAAAAGAGAAGAUUUUUCAGAAUCAACAUCUGAUACAUCUAACAAAGUUACAGAAAUAAUUGCAUGGACAACAACUCCUUGGACUCUACCAUCAAAUCUAGCUCUUUGUGUAAAUGAAAAUUUAAUAUAUUUAAGAAUUUUAAAUAAAGAAAAUAACAGAAUAUUUAUAUUUGCAGAAUGUAGAAUGGAAUGGGUAAUAAAAGAAUUAAGAUUAAAAAUUGAAAAUAUAUGUUUGCUUAACAGAUUUAAAGGUAAAUAUUUAAAUGGUUUAAAAUAUAAACCAUUAUUUAAUCAUUUUUAUGAAAAAUUUAAUUUUAAAGAAAAUGCUUAUAGAAUAUUAUGUGACGAAUUUGUAACAAAUACAGUUGGUACUGGAAUAGUACAUUGUGCUCCAACAUAUGGUGAAGAUGAUUUUCGAGUUUGCGAAAAAAAUAAAAUUAUAAAUCCAGAAAAAUCUAUUUUUAUUGAUCCUUUAGAUUCAAAUGGUUAUUUUACAAAUGAAAUAAAAGAAGUUGAAAAUAUGUAUAUUAAAGAUGCUGAUAUUGUUAUUAAAAAAAUAUUAAAAGAACAAAAUAGAUUAUUAAGUAAUAAUAUGAUUGUACAUUCUUAUCCAUUUUGUUGGAGAAGUGAUACACCACUAAUUUAUAGAGCUAUACCUGCAUGGUUUGUAAGAGUUAAUAAUUAUACUGAUAAAUUAGUUAAAAAUAAUGAUACAACAUAUUGGAUACCUGCACAUGUUAAGGAAAAAAAAUUCCAUAAUUGGAUUAAAGAUGCUAAAGAUUGGUGUAUAAGUCGAAAUAGAUAUUGGGGAACUCCAAUUCCAAUUUGGACAGAUGAAAAAAUGGAACAAAUAAUUUGUAUUGAAAGUAUAAAACAAUUAGAAACACUUAGUGGUGUUACAAAUAUAUCUGAUUUACAUAGACAUAAUAUAGAUCAUAUAACUAUUGAUAAUCCUAGAGGUAAAAAUUAUCCCAAAUUAAAAAGAAUACCUGAAGUUUUUGAUUGUUGGUUUGAAAGUGGUUCUAUGCCAUAUGCUAAGGUGCAUUUCCCAUUUUAUUGCUCCGACAUUGCCAAUUCCGAGAUUGAUAUUUCUAAAGUUUCAAUGGAUCAAUUUAAUCAAAUAUUCCCAGCAGAUUUUAUUGCAGAAGGGUUAGAUCAAACAAGAGGAUGGUUCUAUACUUUAUUAGUUAUUAGUACAUUGCUUUUUGAUAAGGCACCAUAUAAAAAUUUAAUUUGUAACGGUUUAAUAUUAGCAUCAGAUGGUAAAAAAAUGAGUAAAAGAUUAAAAAAUUAUCCAGAUCCGAUAUAUAUAUUAAAUAAAUACGGGGCAGAUAGUUUACGAUUAUAUUUAAUUAAUUCAGUAGCAGUACGUGCUGAAAAUUUAAAAUUUCAAGAAAAAGGAGUCAAUGAAAUUGUCAAAAGUUUUAUUUUGCCAUUUUAUCAUAGUUUUCGUUUUUUUUCUCAAGAAGUUAUAAGAUAUGAAACAAGCUAUAAAACUACAUUUUCAUUUUCUAAUAAAUAUAUAUAUGAUAAUAAUAAUAAUAUAAUGGAUCAAUGGAUAUUUUCAAGUAUACAAAAUUUGAUAAAAUCUGUACAUUAUGAAAUGAAGCAAUAUAAAUUAUAUAAUGUUCUUCCAAAGCUUUUGAAUUUUAUUGAAAACUUAACAAAUUGGUAUAUACGAUUAAAUAGGGAUAGAAUGCGAGGAGUUAUAGACGAAAUAAAUUGUCUUAUGUCUUUAAAUACAAUUUAUAAAACUCUUUAUUUAUUUACUUUAAUGAUGUCACCUUUUACUCCUUUUAUUUCAGAAUACAUUUAUAAAAUGUUGCAACAGGUUCAAGGGUUUAAUUUGGUUAUGUCUUCCGAUACUCACAAAAAUGUGCAAAACGGGCAAAAUGUGCAAAACGACCAAAACGGGCAAAAUGUGCAAAACGGCCAAAACGACCAAAACGACCAAAACGACCAAAACAAAAGUGUCCAUUUCCAUAUGCUCCCAGAGGUAGAUGAUAAUUACACUAUAAGAUACGAAAUAAUUGAAUUAAUUGAGAAAAUGAAAAGUGUAAUUAUUUUAGGAAGAAUAUUAAGAGAAAAAAGAAAGUGCCCUAACAAACGACCAUUGAAAUCAAUAAAAAUAUUGCACCGAGAAAAUAAAUUUUUUGAAAAUUUUGAUAAAAUUGCAAAUUAUAUAAAAGACGAAUUAAAUAUAUUAAAUAUUGAAUAUUCUACUGAUGUCAGUUGUCUUACCUUUAGUGUAAUACCAAAUUAUAAAAAAUUAGGAACAAAAUUAGGAGCUAAUUUAAAAAAUAUUCAAAAUAAAAUUAAAAAUAUGAACAUGGAAGAUAUAAAAAAUUAUGAACAAAAUAAAAAAAUUAUUAUAGAUAAUAUAUUAUUAGAAGAUGAUGAUAUUAUUAUAAAUUUGAAACAUAAUCUAAAUCUUGAACAUAUUGAAGCAAUUAGUGAAAAUUCAAUUACUAUUCUUAUGGAUUUUACCGCUGAUGAACAAUUAAAUAAUAUGGAAAAUGCUAGAGAAAUAUGUAAUAAUAUACAAAAAAUGAGAAAAAAGCUAGCUCUAUCACAAAAUUCACCAGUUCAAAUGCAUAUUUUUAUUCAAAAUGAAACAUUUAAAAAUAAUAUGAUUAAAGAAACGGAAUAUAUACAUAAAUGUUUGAGAAGAAAUUUAAACAUUAUAAACACAGUAGACCAAAUGGAAAAAUUGCAAAAUAAAUUCCACCAGGAAACUUUCACUGUCAGUGGUCAGGAAGUCAUUGCCAUCUUUACUCAAAAUUAA